AUGUCAGGAUUGUGCGCAGUGGUGGUGGGUACAGGAACAGCCGUAGCGGAUGUUGAGGCAACGGAGGAGGAGGAGGAGAAGAAGAAGAAGAAGAAGAAGGAGGAGGAGGAGGAGGAGGAGGAGGAGGAGGAGGAGGAGGAGGGGGAUAGUAGUGAGAUUCGGGGGUGCGGUCAGUGUUAGUUGUCGGCAUGGGGAUGAGACAGAGUUGGACGAGGAGAUAGCAGCCGGUGUAGUCCGAGUGCUGCAGUUGGUACUAAGCUGUCAUACAAGGCCGAUUGGUACCCGGGCCGUCUGCUGACAGUGUGGGCAGGUCGGGGCGGUUUGAGCGUUGGCAUUGCGAGGUGGGCGCAGUUGGAAUUUGCGAGCCUCACUUUUGGCUUUGGCGGCGAUGAUGUGGUUGACUUCGUAGAUCGCUGCACCUGUCUUCAUUGUCCUCCUCCAGGUCGAUCGGUCUCGGGCGAGGUCUUCCCAGUUGGCGGGGUUGAUCUGAAGACUCUUUAUGGAAGUCUUCAGUGUUGA